UCAUGCAUUCUAUUCCAAAAUGACAGCAGGACCGCCGUGUUGCUGGACUUGCCGAGGUCAAUUGAAGAGGCCCAGGUCCUGUCGAGCCGACUGGCACCAACAGCAACGUCAGCAGCGAGACGAAGCGCAGCCGAAGAGGAUGUGGGGACGGUAGACGGGACGCACCGGAAGAAACUCCGGGCUCUUGUCUCGGCAGCGCCGCUGGCAGUUCCCUUCCCGACCCCAGAGUCCAAGGUCAAGGACGGCGACGGUGACGAAUAUGCUGCCGGCGGGCCAGCGACGGCAGACCCUGCGGUCAAACUGGCCGAGCUCAUGACGCUUGCCACGGUCGAGGCCGCGCUCGAGGACAUCAAGCGGUCGUCCUAUGACGGGCUGUGGUGCCUACCGCGCUACUAUCACCCUCCCACUUCUUGCUCGUCGUCCACUGCAAAGCAGCAGGACCAGCAGCAGCAGGAUCCACUACCGUCCGGAGAACCGGGAACGGAAACCACGACCGCAGCAGCGCCCACUGCAUCGUCACGACCCGACACUGAAGAACCUACGCACGGGGCCAGUCCCUCAGCGCGGUAUCUGCUCGGCAGCAUCUCGCAGCAGCGCGAGGCGUUCCUGGCCGCGGUGCCGCCCGCAUCGCUAGACUUGAUCGUGCUGGACCCGCCGUGGCCAAACCGCUCAGCCCAGCGGAAGCGCAAGCGCGGCGGCGGCGGCGGCGGUGACAACGCCGCAGCGUACCAGACGGCCGGCGACGCGGCGGCGGUGUGCGAGCUGCUGUCUCUGGUGCCCGUGGCGUCGCGGCUCGCGGCUGACGGCCUGGUGGCCGUGUGGGUGACGAACUCGCCGUCGCGGUCGGCGGACCUGCUGGUCGGCCCGCGCGGCAUCUUCAGCCAGUGCUGGGACGUCGAGCUGGUGGGCGAGUGGAUAUGGCUCAAGGUGACGAGCCGCGGCGAGCCCGUCGUGCCGCUCGCGUCCGCCUGGCGCAAGCCCUGGGAGCGCCUGCUCAUUGCGCGAAAGCGCCGCACCACCGCCCCCGCCGCCGGCGCAGAGGCCAGGCGGCUGCGGCUGAUACCCACAAAGGUGAUUGUCACGGUGCCCGACGUGCACUCCAGGAAACCUAACCUGCGACACCUGUUUGAAGAGGAGCCUGGCUUGUUGCCUCCCGACGGAGAGUACCGUGCCAUGGAGGUCUUUGCGCGCAACUUGACGGCGGGAUGGUGGGCGUGGGGCGACCAGGUGCUUCUCUUCCAACAUCGGGACCAUUGG